AAAAACUGCCCAAACGGGCCCUGAAACAGUUGUACAUCCAAGAACCGAUGAUUCUCAUGCGUAUUUAUCUGGAAUUUCGCAUUUAUCUUCCAUUUUUGAAGAUGGGUUUGAAAAUAUUUGUGGGCCUGAGCAAGAUGUGAUGCAGAGUUAUGGUGAUUGUCAAUGCUUGCAGAGUAGAGAUGACCAGUUUUUAGGUAACGAUAGAUGUGUAGUUCAUGGAUAUAGGAGGGUUAGAUCUUUCGUCUCGAACGAUGGGAGUGAAAAUGUUAGUGAGGUUAGUGGGAAGAAUGUGAAUCAGGCUUGGUGUUCUCAGUACUUGAAAGGUGAACCUUUGGUGGUUGUUUCUGAUGGUAAAUAUUUUCUUGGUGGAAGCUCUGAUUUUAAGCCCUUGAAUUUGCCUGUUAGGAGUUUGAGAUCAAGGGUUAUGGAUAAUGAUAAACAUGAACUGAAACAUCGACGUGAAUCGAGUCCUAAGAUUGAGGAAAGGGACAAUAAUGAUGUUAAAGUUCUGAAAAUCCGAGGCAUGGUGCCGAUGAACUUGGAGAAGAAGUUUGAGGAAGCUGCUGGAUCAUCGUCCAUUCCCUGGCGGUCGAGAUCUGGGAGGAUGGAGAACAGUGAAGAAAGGAGUAAUCGCAAGCCACCUGCACAUUGCAGGCCUCGCUCUGUUGGGCAAUUUGAGUUUGAGCAUCUCAAGUUUAGGUCGUCCAGGGGUUCAAAGUUUUCCAGUUCUCCUGAAUUGACAAGCUCAAAAGUGGAAGAUGUCGUGGGUAAAAAGGUGUUCGUUUCACGUCCGAAAAUAGCCCCCCUAAAUUCUGAAGCAGCACUGAUCAGUGGUGUGGAGACUCGGCCAUUUAAUGGUGGUGCUUCCUCAGAGACGAAUGGCCUUGGAGAUUCAGAGUACAAUAUGAAGAACUCUGGUGAUAGUGGAGAAGAGGAUAAAGUGGGAAAAGGGAAACGAGCUGUUGAAUCUUUAGACUCAGGUAUCAAAUCUUCAACCCUUGCAAAGGUUCUAUCACGGGCUAAGUCAGUUAGAACAAUCAAACCAAGUCGAUACAUUGGGGAUGAGAAGGAGCAUUUGUCAAAUCAAAUUGAUGGCAAAGUCGGACUUGGGGCGUUCCAUAACAAAGUUGAAGUAGAGUCUUUGAUGAGGGGAGAAGAACAUGAAAAUCCUCCCAUAAACCAUCAAAAUGAGGAAUUCAAUAGUAUUUUCCCCAUGCCAAAGCCAAAGCCAACUGCCUCUGAGUUCAAACACGAAGAAAAUGAAGAUCUUAAUGACCGAAAUAUUACAGAAUCUGAAGGAGACGCAGAGAGUGAGCUCGACAAGAGUUCAGACGAAGAUGAUGCUAGAUCAAACGUUGAGAAUGAUGCAGAACUUGAAGGGAGUGAAGUCGACAGAAAAGCUGGCGAGUUCAUAGCCAAGUUCAGAGAGCAAAUAAGGCUUCAGAAGAUUUCAUUGGCGGAAGGAUACAACGGCUGGUAGCUGCAACUAGUCAAGUUAACUUGAAAGUCCAUACUUAUUAGCUGAAAGCUGAUUUUUUAUCAGCAGUUGUUGGUAUUUAUUAAUUCAUUCUCCCUGUAAAUUUUGUAUUCAACUUAAUUAGUUUUAUGAUCAGAUGAAGAUUGUCUAUCUUCGUUUUUAUCAUUGUAUGCAAUGUGUUUGAACUUUGAAGU